UUCAGUAAUCAUUGUAUGGUCAAGAAAUAUGAUUUUGAUGUGCAUAAAAUUCUUGGGAAUGUAGGUAGUUGCUGGGCGUUUUCAACUAUUGUUGCUGUGGAAGGAAUAAACAAGAUCGAGACCGGUUCUCUGAUCUCACUGUCGGAGCAAGAGCUGGUGGAUUGUGAUACAUCCGUCAAUGAAGGAUGUAAUGGUGGUCUAAUGGACUAUGCAUUUGACUUUAUUAUCAAGAAUGGAGGCAUUGACACUGAAGAAGAUUAUCCCUACACUGGCAGGGAUGGGAAAUGCGACACAUAUCGGAAAAAUGCCAAGGUUGUGUCCAUUGAUGGUUAUGAAGAUGUGACUCCAUACAAUGAGAAGGCAUUGCAGAAAGCAGCUGCAAACCAGCCAAUUAGUGUUGCAGUCGAAGGUGGUGGGAGAGACUUCCAAUUAUAUGAAUCGGGUAUAUUCUCGGGGAAGUGUGGCGUUGAGCUCGACCAUGGUGUGGCUGUUGUUGGAUAUGGAAGCGAAAACGGUGUUGAUUAUUGGAUAGUGAGGAACUCAUGGGGUCCGAGUUGGGGAGAGAAGGGAUACCUUAGAAUGCAGCGUAACGUGAGAGCAAAAUCUGGUCUCUGUGGUAUUGCAAUAGAGCCAUCUUACCCAACAAAGACGGGCCAAAAUCCUCCCAAACCCGCUCCAUCUCCUCCAUCGCCGGUCACACCACCCACAGCUUGUGAUGAAUACUCUGCGUGUCCUGCGAGCACUACCUGCUGCUGUGUCUAUGAACUUUACGGUGGCGCCUGCUAUGUUUGGGGAUGCUGCCCUCUCGAGGGUGCAACCUGCUGUGAAGAUCAAUCCAGUUGCUGCCCCCAUGAUCAUCCGGUGUGCAACGUCAGGGCAGGCACCUGUUCAGCGAGCAAGAACAACCCACUUGGAGUGGAGGCCAUGAAACAUAUUCUUGCCCAGCCAAUCGGGACUUUUGGGAGUGAAGGCAAGAGGAGCAGUUCUUGAGCGACUACAUGACGAUGUGAACUGGCCAGUGAGGAAAGCAAAACGCAAAUUUGUCAAUGACUGAAUUGUUUUAGUUGUUUGCAUUGCAAUCCUCAUUUAGUCAUUGGAGAUUGCGAGGCAGAAGGAUAAUGAAAUUUAAGUUUAUGAUUUGCUUUGUCCAUGCUAAUGUUCUGUAUUUGUAAUAUUGCAUUCCACACAAAACUGAUUGUUCUGAGUUCUCUGAUUAUGCAAACAAUUCUCCAUUUUCAUUAAUGAACAAGAAGUUACAUCAGUUAAAUUAGCUCA